ACAUAACAUGUUAGAACCUUUUGUUUCUAAACUAUGAACAUAGUCUAACACAUGAUAACCAAAUUAGUAUAUAUUCUUCAAAAUUGUUUGAUUAUAUGAAAUUUUAAUUUAUUUACUUCAUAUUAUCCAUUAUAUUGAUGAUUAGUUAAAAAUAUCACAAUAAUUAUUUUUAUACAUUUUCAAAAUUAAAUUAUUAGAUCAAAUUAGAGUGUAGACUACAAAAUAAGUCUAUAAGGUAGACUUCGUAUGAAGUCUAUAUAUAUGUAGACUUCUUUUAUUACGUGUAGACUUCCAAAGGAUAGAAACGUAAAAUACAUUUCUGUUUUUUGUUUGGUCAUAAGGGUUAAAUAGUACUUUCACUACUCUUUUAGGUUGGUUUUGCAUUUGACUGAAAGUAGAGUACACUAUUACAUUUGAAUUAAAUAUUUGGGUUGGUUUUAGCAAAUGUUCCCUUGAAGUAUUGAGUCAUAUUUGCAAAAAAAAAAAAUCAUUUAAUAAAUUAGUCUAAUGAAGAAUAUUAUAAAACUAAACAUUGAAACUCAAAUAAAUAUUAAAAAUAUAAUGCUAUUUAUCAAAGAACGGUGAAGGUUAUUGUCAUUAUAAUUCAAAACAAAAAUAUUUAUUAUAAUGAUCUCAUAAUUCUUUCAUUGUUAUUUUUAUUUAUAGUAUUUUUAAUCUAUAGUAGUUUUUAAAUACUUCAUAAAUUAAUAUAAAAUAAAUUUUACUAUAAUUUCUCACCCGCAGGGCGGGCAGACCCAAGUAUAAAAUAAGAGGUUGUUUUGUAAGGAAAAAAAAUUCUCUGAAAGUAAAUCAAGCAGAUGUGUUAUUAUUCUACAUUUAACGUAUAAUUACUGUUCAUAUUUCUUUAUUUAAUGGAAGAUGUAACACACCAUUGAAAACACUUUUUACUCUAUAAAUAGUAAUUAGAAGGAAAAUAAAAUACCAUUAAAUAUGGUCAUCCAAACAAAACAACUUAGAGCAGGUUUAACGCUGUCUCUUAUUGGUGUAUCUUAAGUAAAUUGGGAUUAAAAUUAAAUGAGAAAAAUAGAUUAAAGCAAUAUACGCCUCCUAAUUAGGAGUUAGAAGAAGCGUAUACAGAUGGACAUCUGUCAAAGCGUGAGUGGCCAGAGGAGAAGUUGAAGCGGUCUCGCCUCUCUCCUCUCCGUCUCUCUUCUCUCGUUCUCUCUUCUGUCCUUCUGUCGAUUCUCUCUCAAGACGGUGAUUCUCUACACCGACGGCGACUUCUCCUCUCGUCGGCGGUUGUCUGGUUUCUCUCUCUCUGUUGGUUGCUCUCGCUUUCUCUCGGCGGCUACCUCUCUUUCGGUGUCUCUGUCGACUCUUUCUCUUGUUUCUCUCUCUCGACGGCUACCUCUCUUUCGGUGUUGUUGUUCGAUUAUGAAGAAUCACACAAUCACAUUCUCUUCAUCUCACAUUUGAAAUAUCACAGAAACUCUAGUAGCCAAUCUCAUUCUCUUCACCUCACGGUUCUCUCCUUCUCACCAUUCAAAAUAUUACCCAAUCUCAUUCUCUCCUUCUCACCAUAAUCUCUCCAUCUCAUUCUCUCCUUCUCACCGUAAUCUCUCAAUCGCAUUCUCUCCUUCUCACCAAAAUAUUUGAUCAAUACGCCAAACGUAUUAUCUCCUUCUCACCUCACCAUUCAAAGAAGAUCAAGCCAAAAAUAAAAAUAAAAAAUGGCAUCGUCUUCUCACAACACAUUUGAUGGAUCAAUGGAUGAUGCUUUUGAUCAAUAUUUUGAUCAAGCAUUUGAUCAAUAUUUUGAUCAAGCUUUCGACAAAUUCUCCAAUGCCUAUGGUGAUCAAGAAAAAGAGAAAAAACGAAGAAAACAACGAGCUUACAUCGAAAGAAAUCGCGAAGAAGGCGAUUUACGUUUAUGGAAUGAUUAUUUCAGCGACACUCCAACAUAUCCUCCAAAUCUAUUCCGACGACGAUUUCGAAUGAACAAACAUUUAUUCAUGCAUAUUGUUCAGCGACUCUCUAAUGAAGUUCCAUUUUUUCAACCAAAAAAGGAUGCUCUCGGAAGGGUUAGUCUCUCUCCACUUCAGAAGUGUACAGCAGCCAUUCGUAUCUUGGCAUAUGGGAAUGCGGCUGAUGCGGUCGACGAAUACCUCCGCCUCGGUUCAACUACAGCUCGGUCGUGUUUGGAACAUUUUGUGGACGGAAUAAUUUCUUUAUUCGGUGGAGAAUACCUGAGAAGACCAACACCUGCUGAUCUUCAACGUUUACUUGAUAUUGGUGAAUAUCGUGGAUUUCCCGGGAUGGUAGGAAGCAUCGAUUGUAUGCAUUGGGAGUGGAAGAAUUGUCCCACCGCUUGGAAAGGGCAAUAUACUCGGGGUUCGGGUAAACCAACAAUUGUUUUAGAGGCGGUUGCUUCAUAUGAUCUCUGGAUAUGGCAUGCGUUUUUUGGACCUCCAGGUACUUUAAAUGAUAUCAAUGUUCUUGAUCGCUCACCUGUUUUUGAUGACAUAAUAAAUGGUCAAGCUCCGCAAGUCACAUACUCUGUCAACGGAAGAGAGUAUCAUUUGGCUUACUAUCUCACUGAUGGCAUCUAUCCAAAAUGGGCAACUUUUAUCCAAUCAAUUUCAUUACCACAAGGCCCAAAAGCGGUUUUAUUUGCUCAACGUCAAGAAGCUGUUCGAAAAGAUGUCGAGCGUGCUUUUGGAGUCCUGCAAGCCCGCUUUGCCAUUGUUAAAAAUCCGGCACUUUUUUGGGAUAAAGCCAAAAUAGGGAAGAUUAUGAGAGCUUGUAUCAUACUCCAUAAUAUGAUCGUCGAGGACGAACGAGAUGGAUACACUCUGUUAGACGUUUCAGAGUUCCAAGAAGCUGAAGACAACGGAAGUUCACAUGUCGAUCUCACGUAUUCUACAGAUAUGCCUUCAAAUAUCGCAAAUAUGAUGAGUGCUCGAACUAGAAUUCGUGAUAGACAGAUGCAUCAACAACUGAAAGCUGAUUUGGUUGAACAUAUAUGGCGUAAAUUUGGACGUGAUGAAGACAACAACUGAGUUUGAUUUUUUUUUUCUCGUUUAUUUUAGUAAUCGUUGUUUUUAUGUUUUUUUUAAUGUUCUAUGUUUAAAAUGUUCUUGUUCAAUAAUGUAAUAAUUAUUAAAUAAAAUUUUAUUUUAUAAAAAAUUAAUUAAUAUUUUAUAAAUUAAGAACCUCUAAAUAAGAUACUACCAUUGGAGACCAAAAAACAUAAUGUCUCUUAAGUGUGUUUCUUAAUUGCUUUUAAUUAGUUAAAUAAUGAUUAAGAUACACAUAUGAGUAUAUGGGUUGAUCUUGCUCUUAGGUCGUCAAAAAAAAACAACUUGGUGUGUCCGAGGAAAUUGUCGCAACAAAGUUAAUUCAUUGUCGUUUUGUUAAAUGGCCAAAUCUUUUAAUCCCACUGGAUAAUGCAUAUCAAUUAUUUUCUCUAUUUCUAAAUAAUGACUUUUCUACUGUUAUUAUUAUUAAUGAAGAUAAUUAUUUGGUUUUAACUAAUGACCAUUAAAACAAUAAGAAUGAAAAGUAAGAUCAGAAAAGAAUAAAAUAACAAAAAUAAAGAAGAAUUUUUGUUAUUUAUGUUUUUCUUUCCAAAUUUUGUGAAGAAUAUGUAUGUUCUAUCUUUCUUUAUAAAUAUUAUUAUUUUUGGUUCGAAAAUGAAUUUCCUUUUUCACUUCAUUCAUUUGACACAAAAGAAAUUAAAGCCUUUAAAAAAAUUUAAUGCAUAUUUUAUUAAUUUGUUAAUUUCGGAAGGAAACAAUAAAUUAAUUAAGGAAACAUAAUACAUAUCGAUUCUUAAUUAAUCGGUUCUAGC